ACCGCUAGAUGCGGAUGAUGGUCCCAUGGACACUGAUGAGGGCCCUUUGAUUAACGAAAAUUCAAAUGGCCUAUCCCAUUUGUUGAGAGGGGAGUUCAACAGUGUAGACGCGGUAGGGGUAGACGAGUCGUCCACGUCCAACCCGGGCUUUCUGAAUGCCGUCGAGUUUUCUGCAGGGAGCGUUGGAGACUAUUUGGUAAACAAUACUGAUGGCUUCAACACUGAAUUGAAUUCGUUCGAUGUCGGCGACAAUGCCGUGACUUUUGCGGGAGACUCUUUGAACCAUGUGUUAUCGGAUGGGGACUCGCAUCUGAGCGACGGGUACAAGGCUGUCUCAGACACGGAUGGUGAUUUAUUAGGUACAACAGCAAAAAUGGACAUGGAUAAUGAAAUAAGUGAAAUAUCAAAUGAUAUUGCUGAAGACACAUUAGAUAAGACUGAUGAAGACAAUGCAAUUCAUGAGAUAGAGUCGUCAAAUGAUGCUGCCAUCACACUAGAUGCAGAUGAAGGAGCUGCUAAUGUCGAAACAAUUAAAGCUGAUAAUGAAGCGCCUACUGAAGAAGAAGCUGUCAAGCCAAUGGAAGAAGUUGAGCAGGUCACCCCAUCAACAGAAGCAGAAGAGGUUGUCUCACCAAAAGAUGCAGCUGAAGUUGAGGCAGAGAAACAGGAAGUGCAGGAGACUGCAGAAGAAGCACCUCAGACUGUAAAAGAGCUGGAAACUGAGGAAACAGAAACUGAAGAAAUUUCACAGAAAAAGAACACACAGACUACAGAUGUUGAAAUGGCAGCUGAGAAAAGUCCAGAGGUUAGCAGAGGUGCAGAAGAGACUGAAGUGGUGUCGGAAGACGAACUCCCCGCUGUUCAGAAGCCGAGUGUGAAGGAUGCCGAAAAUGUCUCCGAUGAUGAACUUCCUGGACCCAAGCCUGCUGAACUUCCUGCUGAUACUGAGGUUGUAUCGGAGGAUGAGCUGCCAGAGAAGAAAGAGUCGAAGGAGUCUCGGAAGCGCAAAACGGACGACGACAAGGACGGCUACGAUCCCGGCUCCCCCACCUCUGAAAGCGAGUCCUCCAGCAAGAAGCAAGCUGUUGUCAAGAAUGGCGAAAGUAAGCCGGUGCCCUCCGAGAAGCGGCCGUCAGUGGACGAGAAGCCCAAAAAGAAAGCUCUCCCGGAGCUCGACAAGUAUUGGAAGGUCGUCAACGAUGACCCCACUGACUUCACUGGCUGGACUUAUCUGCUGCAAUAUGUUGAUCAAGAGAGCGAAGUGGAGGCCGCGAGAGAGGCCUACGACGCGUUCCUCUCGCACUACCCCUACUGCUACGGCUACUGGCGAAAGUACGCCGACUACGAGAAACGCAAAGGAAGUAAAAAGAAGUGCCUUGAGGUGUUGGAAAGGGGGCUGAAAGCCAUCCCACUGUCGGUUGAUCUUUGGAUACACUACCUCAAUCACAUUAAAGCCACUAGAACCGAAGAUCAUGCGUACAUUAAGGCGCAGUACGAGAGAGCUAUAGAGGCGUGCGGGCUGGAGUUCCGCUCGGACCGUCUGUGGGAGUCGUACAUCAAGUGGGAGGCCGAGAACGGCUCCGCGCUCAACGUGACCAACAUCUACGACCGCCUGCUGGCCACACCCACCCUCGGAUACACUUCGCACUUCGACAAUUUCCAAGAGCACGUGAUGUCUGAACCGGUGACGGGCGUGAUAUCGCGUUCGGAGCUGGUGCGCCUGCGCGGCGACGUGCGCGACGCCGUGCGCGAGGCGGGAGGCGCCGCGCCGCAGCUCGACCUGCCGCCCGGCGAGGACGAGCCGCAGGACCACAUCGCUUCAGACGAGGAGGCUCAAGCGAUCAAGGAGCGUAUAAUCGCGGCGCGCCGCAAAGUGCACAAGACCACGGGCGAGCAAGUCGCCGCUCGGUGGACCUUCGAGGAGGGCAUCAAGCGGCCCUACUUCCACGUAAAACCCCUGGAGCGUUGCCAGCUGAAGAACUGGAAGGCGUACCUAGAGUGGGAGAAGCAGCACGGCUCGUUGAAGCGUGCGUUAGUGUUACAUGAACGUUGCCUCAUCGCCUGUGCACUCUACGACGAAUUCUGGAUGCGGCUGAUAAAAUUCCUAGAAGAGCGCAUAGAAACGAACCCGGAACUAGUGGCCGUGGAGCGCGAGGUCCUCGAGCGCGCAUGCACCGUGCACCACCUCGACAAGCCGGAGCUGCACCUGCACUGGGCGCACUUCGAGGAGGCGCACGGCAACGCCGCCCGCGCCGCCGAGAUACUCGACCGCAUCGAGAAGACCUGCCCCGCGCUCGUGCAGAUACAGUACAGACGUGUGAACCUGGAACGUCGCCGUGGGGAUUACGACAAGUGCGCGCAGUUAUAUGAAACUUACAUAAGUGCUGCCAAAAAUAAGGCUAUCGCGUCAGCGCUAUCCAUCAAAUACGCCCGCUUCCUUCAACACGUGCGGCAGCAGCCAGCCGCCGCUCGCAAGGCGCUGGACGAGGCCGUGGCGCGCGACCCGCUCAACCAGCGCCUGCACAUGCAGCGCCUCGACCUCGCGCUGCACACGUCCGGCACGCCCUACGAGCAGCUCGAGGAGCUGGUAUCCUCGUACGAGAAGCAAGAAGGCGCGGAGCUCGAGACGAGCGCGGCGCUGGCGUGGCGGCGGCGCGAGCUGGCGGAGGAGCUGGGCUCGGCGGGCGCGGCGCGCGCGGCGGCGCAGCACGCGCGCACGCUGGCCAAGCAUCUGCGCAAGCGCGCGCGCAAGGACAAGCACGACGCGCCGCCACCGCCCAACGCCAGCACCGACACGAAGAAAAAGGAAGCGACCUCUAGUGCGACGACGACGGCGGCCAGCUCCGCCUACUACCACCCCGCCGCCACCACGCAGUCGUACGAGCAGUCCUACCAGCCGCCCUACCAGCCGCCCUGGGGCUACCAGCAACCCGGCCCCUACCACCACCCGCCGCACCCGCACCCCUGGCCUCAGUACCCCAACUACUACUAGCGCCGGGAAAAGGACGCGCACUCGGCCCCGGCGCCGGCGUAACUAACUACAGAUAUUCAUAUUUGCAAGCGAAACGAUCGUUUAACACAUUCAGUACUAGACCAAAUUGGCGCACUACGUACCGGCCGUAAUUUAUAACCGCCCGCU